AUGCUCCUGCUCUGCCCUCCCCCGGGGCUGGCUCUGCCUGGCGCUGGCCGGACGUGCCGGGGCUCCUCACUGAGCAAAGCCCUUGCCAAAGUUGAGGGGCAACGACGCGCUCUCGCUCUGACUCUUGUUCGGGCUCUCCUUGCUCGAGCUCUUCGUCCUCCUCUCCCUCUCCCGGUGUCCCGCUGUCCCAGUGUCCCUGUGCCGGUGUCCCAUUGCCGGUGUCCCUGUGCCAGUGUCCCACUCCCGCUGUCCCUGUCCCGUUCCCGGUCCCCCCUCCCCUUGCCGGCCCGGGCCAUGGCCCCGGCCGUUCCCCUGUGCCGGGCGGGGCCGCCCCGUCCCCGGCCCUGGGCGGCCCGGCGCGGUCUCGCCCUCGCCCGGCUCCCGGCGCGCCGGCUGUGGCGCUGCUGGGCGCUCCUGUGGGGCUGGCUGUGGGACGGGCUCGGCCUCGCCGCCCCUUGGCUCCGCCUGGCUCGAGCCCGGCGCCUGCCGGGGCCGGCGGGGGCCGCGGGCGCCGCGGCCGCUGCCGCCUCCUCGGCGGCUUCCCCGGCCAGAGCUCCGCCGCUCGCCAGCCCGGCCGCCGGCAGCGAGCCGCCGCUGCCCGCUGCGGCUGGGGAAGCCCGGCCCGGGCCGCUUGAGGGGCGCUCGGGGGCCGUGCCGGUCCCCGGCCCCAGCGCUGACGGCCACGUCUCGCCCGCACCGAAGGCCAAGGAGCCGCUGCACGAGCGCUACCGGCUGCAUUCGCUGCUGGGCAGCGGCGGCUUCGGCCGCGUCUACGCGGGGACCUGCCUGGCGGACGGAGCCCCGGUGAGUGCAGCAGGAGGAGGAGGAGGAGGAGGAGGAGGGCGGGACGGGCGGCGAGCUCAACCCGCCCUUCCCCUCGGCUUGCAGGUGGCCAUCAAAGCCGUGUCCCGGGAUGGCAUCCGGCGCUGGGGCGAGCUGGUGAGCGAGCGGGGCCAGCGGCAGAAAGCGGGGCGGGACGGGCGGGGACGAGCCGAGGCCCGGCAGGGUGGAAGCCGCCGGGACACCUGGAGGGAGAGUGGCCGGCUGGCCGAGGGGGAGCAGGCAGACAGGCAUGGCAUCAGCCCCACUGACGACCCCGUGGUCCCCCCGCAGCCUGACGGCACCCGGGCCCCCCUGGAGAUCGUGCUGCUGGACAAGGUGUCCAAUGGCUUCCCUGGGGUCAUCCAGCUGCUGGAGUGGUUCGAGCUCCCCAACGGGUUCCUGUUGGUGAUGGAGCAUCCGGAGCCGUCUCAGGACCUCUCUCGCUUACUGAGGGCGUGGGGGUUCCUGCCGGAGGAGAUGGCGUGGGGGCUGUUCCGCCAGGUGCUGCAGGCCGUGCGGCACUGCACCAGCUGCGGCGUCCUGCACCGGGACAUCAAGCCCCAGAACAUCCUCCUCCACCUGGCCAGCGGCGAGGCCAAGCUCCUCGACUUUGGAUGUGGCACCUUCCUUAAGGACACGGUCUACACCCAGUUUGCAGGUGAGCCCACAGCCGGGGGAUGCUCCUGGUGCCGGGCAUCGCAUGGCCAUGCCCGGGUGUGGCAGUGGAGAUUGCCCCUUUGGCCGAGGGGGAACAGGAUUAGUUCUUCAGCCAAGUUGCUUUUGGAUGGGGCUGGGGGUUACUGUGAGACAGGCCCCGGCCUUGGCGACAGCCUGUGCCACCCACCCUGUCCCGGGCUGGGUCUGGGGCAGGGGGGAGCCAGCCUGACCAAAACCCCCGUGAGGGUAGCAGAGAAGGGGGUCAGAACUGUGCACCAGCUGGCUUGGUGUGCAGGAACACUGUCAUACAGCCCGCCAGAGUGGAUCUACCUCAAGCGCUACCACGGCGAGGAGGCGACCAUCUGGUCCCUGGGCAUCCUGCUCUACCAGAUGGUCUGCGGGAAGCACCCUUUCCGCAAAGGCCCCAACACCAUCUGGGCCCAGCUCCCGUUCCCAGCACGGGUCUCUCCAGGACGCCGCUCUUGA